AUGUAAAUUUUAGGUUGUAAAAUUCACGCAGUCCCAAAAUUUUACUUCGCAAUUUAUCUUAAAAAAAGAGAGCAAAAACCCGCUAUCUUUCAACUGUAUCCCAGCCGCAACAGAUAGAGAGAGGGAGAGAGCAAUCCCAUUGGAAAAAAAUGGAGGACGAUGAAGAAGAGCCACCGCUCGCUAUUCAAAUCGACGAAGAAAUCAAACACUCAACGCAGCGACCACCAAACGACGACGUUUCCGUCGGAGUAACCGUCAUCACAGGCUACCUCGGCUCCGGCAAAUCCACUCUGGUGAAUCACAUACUGAAUUCACAACACGGGAAGAGAAUAGCGGUGAUAUUGAACGAGUUCGGCGAAGAAAUCGGCGUGGAAAGAGCCAUGAUCAACGAAGGCGAUGGAAAUGGCGGAGCCAUCGUCGAAGAAUGGGUUGAGCUAGCAAAUGGCUGUGUUUGUUGCACUGUGAAGCACAGUUUGGUCCAAGCACUCGAGCAACUUGUGCAGAGGAAAGAAAGACUUGAUCAUAUAUUAUUGGAGACCACCGGGUUGGCGAACCCGGCUCCACUUGCUUCUAUUCUUUGGUUGGAUGAUCAGCUUGAAUCAUCGGUCAAGCUCGACUCGAUUAUCACUGUUGUUGAUGCCAAAAACCUUCGGUUUCAGCUCAGUGAGCGCCGAAAUUCAUCUUCAUUUCCUGAAGCAUUUUUCCAGAUAGCAUUUGCGGAUAUUGUAAUUCUUAACAAGGUUGAUUUGGUUUCUCCAGAGGGCUCUGGAGGUGUCCUAGAGGAACUGGAGAAGGAAAUUCAUAACAUUAAUUCCCUUGCCAGUAUCAUUCGUUCUGUUCAGUGUCAAGUUGACUUGCCCAAGAUAUUGAACUGUCGGGCCUAUGAGGCUACACAUGCUGCUCAUUUAGAAGCAUUGUUGGAAGAAAGCCGUUCUCUAUCUACCAAAGAUCUUCAUGAUAGUGGUGUGAGAACCUUAUGCAUUUGUGAGCCACGGCAGGUUGAUCUUGAUAAGGUUCGUUUAUGGCUUGAGGAGAUUCUUUGGGAUAAAAAAUAUGGUAUGGAUGUGUAUCGCUGCAAAGGAGUUCUAAGUGUUCAAAAUUCUGAUCAGUUACAUACUUUACAGGCUGUGAGGGAGAUAUAUGAGAUUGUUCCAGCUCGCAAAUGGAAAGGGGUAGAAAAUCAGAUGAACAAGAUAGUUUUUAUAGGUCAUAAUCUGAAUGAGGAUGUUCUUAAUGAUUCCUUCAGAACUUGUACAACUUCUUAAUUUCUAAUACUAGCAGUUAAUUGUCAUUACAUCUCAAUGUUAGAAAGUUAAGCUGUAAAUCAUGAUCUGGAUAGAAUAGGAUAUCAGUCCUAGAAUCUUCACUGGUUCUAGAAAUUUCUUUAUUCCUUGAAGUCCUACAUCAAGCAUUAUCAGCAAGAAAUUUGGAUGAUCCAACUUGUUUCUAAUAUUUGUAUUCUAUUUUUUCUCCCAUGUUAAAUUUUGGUUACAAAUUGCAUGAGAAUUGGUUACUUUAACUU